AUGGUGCCCCCCGCGGUGGCGGAGCUCGGGCGUCAGCGUCGCUGGACCGGGGCGACCGGAGGCUGGCUCCGGAUCACGUUGAUGUCGUUUCUUGCCACUUUACCCGUGGAGCAAUUGCGCGCCUUCCCGUCUUCGCUCAGCGACUGCCAGACGCCCACCGGCUGGAACUGCUCGGGUUUUGAUGACCGAGACACGGACCUGUUUUUGUGUGAUACCAACACAUGCAAGUUUGACGGCGAGUGCCUAAGAAUUGGGAACAUGGUGACUUGCAUUUGUGACUUUAAGUGCAACAACGACUAUGCUCCAGUUUGCGGCUCCAACAAUCAAAACUACCAGAAUGAGUGUUUUCUGCGUAGAGACGCUUGCAAACAGCAGUCAGAAGUACUUAUUCUGUCAGAGGGCGCCUGUCCCAUGGAUGCGGGUUCGGGAUCAGGAGAUGACGGUGGAGAGGGCUCAGCAGAAGCGGGUCAGAAGGAAACAUCCACUUGCGACAUUUGCCAGUUUGGUGCCGAGUGUGACGUGGACGCAGAGGAUGUUUGGUGUGUUUGCAACAUCGACUGUUCCCACAUUAGCUUCAACCCAGUGUGCGCCUCGGACGGCCGUUCCUAUGACAACCCCUGCCAGGUGAAGGAAGCAUCCUGUCAGAAGCAGGAACGUAUCGAGGUCAAGCACCUGGGACACUGCCAAGAUGGGAACAAAGGCAGAGAUGGACAUUUCUCACCCACUGACAUAACUGGAAACGGACAGGCAGAUGGCCUGUACACCCCCUGUCCAGAUCUCUACAAGAAUUAUUGCGUACAUGGAGAGUGUCAGUUCCCCAGCAUACCUGCCCAGCCCUCAUGCAGUUGCCACUCAGGUUUCAGCGGACCCCAGUGCGACACCAAAGAGUACAACGUGCUCUACGUGGUCCCGGGCUCUGGCAAACUGCACUACGUUCUCAUCGCUUCCGUCAUCGGAGCACUGCAGGUGGUCAUCAUCUGCGUGGUGGUGCUCUGCAUUACGAGAAAGUGCCCUCGCUCCAACAGGAUCAACCGGCAGAAGCAAAACAAUGUCCACUUCAGUUCGGAGAACACCAUGCGCGCCUCAACCCGACUUAUCUGA